CAGAGGGCCGGCCCAACCACCCAAAGCCCCCAGCAUUAUCAAAAGUCUCCCUUCCCUUCUUUAUAGUAUCACUGUCACGACCUCAUCCUCCACCAGUCACCACCAGUCCACCACCACCACCACCACCAUCCUCCAGCACGCCAUGAAGUCCGGCCAGUACCACUCCGGAAAACCCCUCCUCCGGCGCCACCAGCAGCCGCCGGAUCCGCCGUCGUCUUGCAGCUGCAAGACCGUCCUCCUCUGCCUCUCCGCCCUCAUCCUCUUCUCCAAAUUCUUCCUCUUCCCGUCGCGGCGGAGCUACCCGCCGCUGGUGCUGCCGCCGGGCUGCAAUCUGUCGCAGGGCGAGUGGGUCCCCGACCUCGAGGGCCCCCUCUACACCAACGACACCUGCUUCACCAUCCAGGAGCACCAGAACUGCCUCAAGUGGGGCCGCCCCGACCGCGACUUCCUCCGGUGGAAGUGGAAGCCGGCCGGCUGCGACCUCCCCCGCUUCGACCCGGUCUGGUUCCUCAGCCUCGUCACCGGCAAGUCCAUCGUCUUCAUCGGCGACUCCCUCGCCCGCAACCAGAUGCAGUCCCUCAUGUGCCUCAUCUCCAGCGUGGAGCGGCCUCAGGACCUGUCGGACGGCAAGAGCGAGAACUUCAAGCGGAUGUUCUUCCCGCGUCACCGCCUCACCAUCGCCAUCUACUGGUCACCCUUCCUGAUCAACGCGCAUCUGAUCGACAACGAUGGGCCCAACCACACCGGCCUAUGGAAUCUCUUCCUCGACGAGGUGGACCCCACCUGGUACGCGCAGCUCCGCCGCUACGACUUGGUGGUCAUCGCCGACGGCAACUGGUUCACCCGCCCUUCCCUCUUCUUCGAGAACCGCCGCCUCGUCGGCUGCCACUUCUGCCACCGCCCCAACGUCACUGACCUCACCCUCCGCUACUCCCACCGCGCCGCCUUCCGCACGGCCCUCGCCGCCAUCAACCGCCUCGCCGCCUCCGGCCAGUUCACCGGCACCGUCUUCGUGCGCUCCUUCUCGCCGGCGCACUUCGAGGGCGGCGAGUGGAACAGCGGGGGGAACUGCCGCCGACGGCGGCCGUACCGGGCGAACGAGACGCAUCUGCAGCCGCUGGACCAGGAGUUCUACGACCAUCAGCUGGAGGAGUUCCGGGCGGCGACGGCGGCGGGGGGCGGGGCGAAGAUGAGGCUGCUGGACACGACGGCGGCGAUGCUGCUGCGGCCGGACGGGCACCCGAGCCGGUACGGCCACUCCGCCCACGACGCGGUGGCGAUGUACAACGACUGCGUGCAUUGGUGCUUGCCGGGGCCCGUCGACACGUGGAACCAGCUGCUGUUCGCCAUGCUGGCACAAGAAUCCAGUUGAAUACAAAUUGUUGUGAAACCAUUAUUAUUAAUAAGGAAUUUUAAUUGAUAGUUAUUUUUCUUA